AUGGUGGCGGUCUCCAUUCUUCUGAUCACCAUUGUUCUAAUCGUUGCAGAAUCCCACAUUGCAUCCGCCAUGGAGGACGACUAUGUUAGCAUGAUGAUGGACCAUUUCCUCCGCCUCACCCCUCAGACCGGGAGCUGCUUCCUUGCCGAGAAUGUGAAGAAAGGGGACUAAAGAAGAGACCAAUGCGAUCCGACGACCAACGACAUAUGCUCGGGGAUGAAGGCCAAGAAUGGCUCCCAGCUCCUCUACUGCUGCAAGAACCAUUGUCGCAACGUGCUCAGCGAUCGCAACAACUGUGGGGUCUGUGGCAACAAGUGCAGCUUCGGGCAGCUCUGCUGCAACGGGCCGUGCACCACCGCGGCCUACGACGUUAAAAACUGUGGCAAGUGCGGGAAGGUGCGAAACACUGGGGAGAUGUGCGGGUAUGGGACUUGCGGGUAUGCUUGA